GGAGAAAGAAGAGGGUGAUGAGAAAGAAGAGUGUGAUGAGGGCGAGGAAGAAGGGGGUGAUGCGGAAGUGGAGAAAGAAGAGUGUGAUGCGGAAGUGGAGAAAGAAGAGUGUGAUGAGGAAGUGGAGAAAGAAGAGUGUGAUGAGGAAGUGGAGAAAGAAGAGGGUGAUGAGGAAGAGGAAGAAGAGGGUGAUGAGGAAGUGGAGAAAGAAGAGGGUGAUGAGGUAGUGGAGAAAGAAGAGGGUGAUGAGGAAGAGGAGGAAGAAGAGGGUGAUGAGGAAGUGGAGAAAGAAGAGGGUGAUGAGGAAGUGGAGAAAGAAGAGGGUGAUUAGGAAGUGGAAAAAGAAGGGUGAUGAGGAAGAGGAGGAAAAAGAGGGUGAUGAGGAAGUGGAGAAAGAAGAGGGUGAUGAGGAAGAGGAGAAAGAAGAGUGUGAUGAGGGCGAGGAAGAAGGGGGUGAUGCGGAAGUGGAGAAAGAAGAGUGUGAUGCGGAAGUGGAGAAAGAAGAGUGUGAUGAGGAAGUGGAGAAAGAAGAGGGUGAUGAGGAAGUGGAGAAAGAAGAGGGUGAUGAGGAAGUGGAGAAAAAAGAGUGUGAUGCGGAAGUGGAGAAAGAAGAGUGUGAUGAGGAAGUGGAGAAAGAAGAGUGUGAUGCGGAAGUGGAGAAAGAAGAGGGUGAUGAGGAAGUGGAGAAAGAAGAGGGUGAUGAGAAAGAAGAGUGUGAUGAGGGCGAGGAAGAAGGGGUGAUGCGGAAGUGGAGAAAGAAGAGUGUGAUGCGGAAGUGGAGAAAGAAGAGGGUGAUGAGGAAGUGGAGAAAGAAGAGUGUGAUGCGGAAGUGGAGAAAGAAGAGGGUGAUGAGGAAGUGGAGAAAGAAGAGGGUGAUGAGGAAGAGGAGGAAGAAGGGGGUGAUGAGGAAGUGGAGAAAGAAGAGGGUGAUGAGGAAGAGGAGGAAGAAGGGGGUGAUGAGGAAGUGGAGAAAGAAGAGGGUGAUGAGGAAGUGGAGAAAGAAGAGGAUGAUGAGGAAGAGGAGGAAGAAGGGGGUGAUGAGGAAGUGGAGAAAGAAGAGUGUGAUGAGGGCGAGGAAGAAGGGGGUGAUGCGGAAGUGGAGAAAGAAGAGUGUGAUGAGGAAGUGGAGAAAGAAGAGUGUGAUGCGGAAGUGGAGAAAGAAGAGGGUGAUGAGGAAGAGGAGGAAGAAGGGGGUGAUGAGGAAGUGGAGAAAGAAGAGGGUGAUGAGGAAGAGGAGGAAGAAGGGGGUGAUGAGGAAGUGGAGAAAGAAGAGGGUGAUGAGGAAGUGGAGAAAGAAGAGGGUGAUGAGGAAGAGGAGGAAGAAGGGGGUGAUGAGGAAGUGGAGAAAGAAGAGUGUGAUGAGGAAGAGGAGGAAGAAGAGGGUGAUGAGGAAGUGUAGAAAGAAGAGGGUGAUGAGGAAGAGGAGAAAGUAGAGUGUGAUGAGGGCGAGGAAGAAGGGGGUGAUGCGGAAGUGGAGAAAGAAGAGUGUGAUGCGGAAGUGGAGAAAGAAGAGUGUGAUGAGGGCGAGGAAGAAGGGGGUGAUGAGGAAGAGGAGAAAGAAGAGUGU